UUGUGAUGACGAGUUUUACGUGGUUUUAGCUCGACAAACAACAACAACAUCAUUGUGUAAGUGUCCGAGAGAGAGCCUCGCUGUUCUCUUAACAGUAGACAUGUCUGUCCUGCGGUUCUGCGCCUCAACCAGCAAACAUGUUGUUUCAAAGAGUUUGGCUGUGGAGUCUAUUUUUACAGGAGGUUUCCGGGCUGCCAGCGGAGCAGCGGGCGACCGGCAGCCGCUGAAGAAAGCUCAAACCCCGCAGGGUCGAUUCGACAUCUCCGAGGAGAAGAGCAAGGAUGUUCUGGAAAAGUACCCUGAUGAUGUGAACCCUGUGACAAAGGAGAAGGGGGGGCCCCGGGGUCCAGAGCCCACGCGCUACGGAGACUGGGAGAGGAAGGGCCGCUGUGUGGACUUCUAGUUGACCUACCUGUACAUGUUAAAACCUUGAUUGUUUUUGCUGUAACCUCAAAAGUCAGAACUUCAGAUCAGGAGGUGAGAAUGAGGGAGAAGUACAAACUGUGUAUGUGACUGUGACUGUAGAUGUACUCACAGGUACCAAAGACAAUUAGAAACAUCAAUAUUUCAGCCAGUUAACUCUGCAAAAGAAAGUAGUUUUACACAAGUGUACACUAAUCCACUCGCUCUUCCUGACAGUCUCAUGACACAUCAUCCAUGCAGACUGGACUGUCAACCAGUUCUCUGACACCAUGUAGGAAUACUGAUUUCAUGCUCAUAAAAACAAAAGAUCAACAUAAAUCACUGAUAUUUUGCACAUUGCUGAUGUUUUGUUUCAGAUGAGAGUAAGACAUGGUUCUAAGUGCUGGUCCUGUAAGUUUGUCCACAGGUAUGAAUGUUAAGACCAAUUAAAGAGGUGAUGACUCUGUGU